AACCCUCUUCAUUCAAACUUCCGCAAACAAAAAAAAAAGAUUAUCUCUCUCUCUCUCUCUCUCUCCACAAAUUCACUUUCUAGAUUUUUCUUCAAAACUCAAACUCCAAUCUUCAUCUCUUUUCUCAACCACACAAACUAUGAAGAAGUCCGGCCUCUUCGCCGCUACAAUCGCCGCCGCAUCAGCCACCGCUGUCACCGUUUCAUCUUCCGCAAACAACUCUCACCAUCAUCAGGAAAGUACUUCUGAGAAAAUAAAUCGCAAUGAGAAUUCUUCGUCGGAGAAAUUUGCGCCGAGAUUUGAUGGUUUGCGGUUCAUUGAAACGCUUAUAACUGCUCAUAGAUGAAAGGGGUUUUCGAAUUUUCGCUGAAUUUCAAUGAAUCUGUUUCUUCAUCUUGUUGGCCUCUGUUUGGUUUAGAGAAGAAGAUUUCACUUGUUGGAAAUAUUUCUUUUUAGUUUUUUUAGAAUGAAUUAAGAGUUUAAUCGUUGUGCACCGUCGGUGUAAAUUAUUUUUACACAUACAUUCAAUGACGCGUUGCCACGUCAUUUAAUGAAUGUGACAAAUCAUGUGUUUUUAAUGACCAUACAUGAUGUGUCGAUUUUUUAUUGGACGCAUGUGCAAAAUAACUUUACACCGACGGUGCAUAUAAAUUAAAUUCAUGAAUUAAUAGGAGAAAUAUUGAAAAAAAGAUAAUUUGUAAUGUUACGAAAUUAUUUGGUGCUUUUCUUUUUUGUGACCUAUUUAUGGGUAAUGAAAAAUUAAAGUAUAAAGUUUUGAAUGAUUAUGUACCAAAAUUAUUUU